GGACUUGCGAGAGAGUGGGCGAAGCUACUUUGCGUCAGCAGCGCGCGCGGCUGCCCGUCGCGGAGAGAUAACGCAGCUCCCAAGCCUGGGCUGUCAGUCAGAACUCCGCCUGGUCCGGGCCAAGGGGCCGCCGGGGCCGGCGGAGCCAUGGCCGCCGUGUUUGACCUAGACUUGGAAACCGAGGAAGGCAGCGAGGGCGAGGGCGAGCCGGAGUUCAGCCCUGCGGAGGUGUGUCCCCUUGGCGAGUUGAGGGCUGCUGGCCUGGAGACGGUGGGACACUAUGAGGAGGUGGAGCUGACGGAGAGCAGCGUGAACCUGGGCCCAGAACGCAUCGGACCCCAUUGCUUUGAGCUUCUGAAUGUGCUGGGCAAGGGGGGCUAUGGGAAGGUGUUCCAAGUGAGAAAAGUGCAAGGUGCCAACUCGGGGAAAAUAUACGCCAUGAAAGUCUUGAGAAAGGCCAAGAUUGUACGCAAUGCCAAGGACACAGCACAUACCCGGGCUGAGCGGAACAUUCUAGAAUCUGUGAAGCAUCCCUUCAUUGUGGAGCUGGCCUACGCUUUCCAGACAGGUGGCAAACUCUACCUCAUCCUGGAGUGCCUCAGUGGUGGUGAACUCUUCACACAUCUUGAGCGAGAAGGCAUCUUCCUGGAAGACACAGCCUGCUUCUACUUGGCUGAGAUCACGCUGGCCCUGGGCCAUCUCCAUUCCCAAGGCAUCAUCUACCGGGAUCUCAAGCCGGAGAACAUCAUGCUCAACAGCCAGGGCCACAUCAAAUUGACAGACUUUGGACUCUGCAAAGAGUCCAUUCAUGAUGGUGCCAUCACGCACACCUUCUGUGGCACCAUCGAGUACAUGGCCCCAGAGAUUCUAGUGCGCAGCGGCCACAACCGGGCAGUGGACUGGUGGAGCCUGGGGGCCCUGAUGUACGACAUGCUCACUGGAUCGCCGCCCUUCACCGCAGAGAACCGAAAGAAAACUAUGGAUAAAAUCAUGAAAGGGAAGCUGGUGCUGCCCCCCUACCUCACCCCGGAUGCCCGGGACCUUGUCAAAAAGUUUCUGAAGCGGAAUCCCGUUCAACGAAUUGGGGGUGGCCCAGGAGAUGCUGCUGAGGUGCAGAGGCACCCCUUCUUCCGGCACAUCAAUUGGGAUGACCUCUUGGCCCGCCGGGUGGACCCUCCCUUCAGGCCGAGUCUGCAGUCAGAAGAGGACGUGAGCCAGUUUGAUACACGUUUUACACGGCAGACUCCAGUAGAUAGUCCAGAUGACACAGCCCUCAGUGAGAGUGCCAACCAAGCCUUCCUGGGCUUCACGUAUGUGGCACCUUCUGUCCUGGACAGCAUCAAGGAGGGCUUCUCUUUCCAGCCCAAGCUGCGUUCCCCCAGGCGCCUUAACAGCAGCCCCCGCACCCCCAUCAGCCCCCUCAAGUUCUCGCCCUUUGAGGGGUUCCGGCCCAGCCCUGGCCCACCAGAGCCCAUGGAGCCAUCUCUACCUCCACUCCUGCCACCACCAUCACCACCACCACCCACAAGCACUGCCCCUCUUCCCAUCCGUCCCCCCUCAGGGACCAAGAAAUCCAAGAAGGGCCGUGGGCGCCCAGGACGCUGAGAACAGAGGAAGAGGGCAGCCCUGAGGCCAGCUCCCUGUUGGCUGUGAGGACCUGGCCGCCUCCCAUCUGGGUGUAUCUCUUGGGUGGCUGAGCCCUAUAAUCAUGUACAUGUAGGGCUGCAGCGUACAGCCCUGGCAGCAGACUUACCACGGGUCUAACACCCAUCCCACCAGAAGGGACUUCACCUGUGCCCUUAGAGAAUUAAAGGACUGAAUCCUGGCA